UAGUACUUGUAAAAAAAAAAUACAACAAAUUUUAAUUGGCAUCAUUCAUGCGUGCCCUGUCGGUCCUUUAUGAUUUAUGAAUUUUUAAUUGUCGUCCUUACUUUUACGCGCAUUUGAUGAGUUAGGCCAAUCAAAUCGGGACACUUCUUCGAAAAAAACUGAUGUCGUUUUUCUGUGUUUCGAAAUUAAACUCCACCAUUUUUAAUUUUAAUUUUAAAAUUGAAAUCAGCUUUUGAGCUUUUGAGCCUUUUCGGUUUCUCUGCCGCACCUAAAUAAACGCCAGACAAUUCCUUUGGGUCACCACCAAACCAAAACCUACGCUGCUUUGAAUUUUCUCAGGGAAAGGUCGAACGAAAACGAAGCCUGUAGAGAAAUAAAAAGGGUUUCGAGAAGUUUUAAAUCACUCCUUUUGAUUUCAAAACGCAAUUUGUCUUUCUCUCUCACGUUUAUUUUGGCGUUCUCUGGGUUUGUUUGUCUCUGAACGAGAAGGCGAUCACUGGGUUUUUACACCUCCUUCGUUGGAUUUUUUGAGAAGCGAUCUCCUUUUGAUUUUGAUUAAUCCAGGAUGGAAAGUGGGGAAACGUCACAACUAAAAAAAUCAAAAGGUGGAUAUUGUCCAUGGACACUCCAAGAGAGUCAAUUGUUGAAACGUUUAAUCGUUGAUGGUAUCAAACGAGGAUGGCGUGAUUCAAAUGGUUCUAUAAGCAAAUCAACGGUGGAGACAAAGAUAUUGCCGAUUCUAAAUGAACAACUUGGAUGCAAUAAAGCAUACAACCAGUACGUAAAUCGAAUGAAAUCUUUGAAAAAAGAAUAUUAAAGUUAUGCAGAACUUUUCCGAUGUAGCUCUGGUUUUGGAUGGGAUCCCACCACAAAAUAAUUUACAGCUUCAGAUGAAGUAUGAGAAGAAUAUUUUAAGGGACAUCCAAAUCAUCAAUACAUGCGAAAUAACACUUUUGAAGAUUUUGAAGAUUUACAAAUCAUUUUGGAAAGUGCUAUAGCAAGGGGAAACAACGCAUUUGGUCUUGGAUUUGGAUUAGGCAUUGAUGCAAGUGCUGAAACUUUUGAAGUUGAAACUAAUGCUCAAGAAAGAGAAGAUGUGGAGGUUGUCACUGUGACUGAAACAGCCUAUGAAGCUUCUAAAGAAAAGUUACCUUCCAGGAAGAGAGCUAAACCCAAUGCACUAAUAUCAUGAAUCUUAUUCAACAAAGAGAAGAAAGGCAUCAAAAAGAAGUUGAGUUAAGAGAAACUGAGAAGAAAAAGAGUAACGUUUGGGAUGCUAUCAAAGAGAUUACUGAUUUGGAAGAGCAUAUCCGCUAUGAUGCAGUAACUAAGAUUCACACGCUGAAGAUGAAAGAUGUAUUUGUUAGCAUGUCCGUUGAAGAACGCUUAGGUUGGAUUCGCCGUAAUGUUUAGGCUUUUAGUUAUGCAUCUAAUAAAAUUCAAAUAUGAAUUUGAAUAAUUGUUCUAGUAUUUUUCUUAUCUCAAAUAAUAGCUUCUGUAACUUGAAGACAAAUUGAUAACUUUUUUGUUUUGAAAUAAACUAUUCGUUUUUUAAA